AAAGCGAAAAAAAACUUGCUUUUAGCUUUAGGAUAACCACUCUCAUCAAUCAUCAUCUUUCCACGUCAGAACCUAUUGGUCCAUUUCUCAUUUGUCAUUUCCAAAUCCUCACUCUUCUACCCGCUUUUGUUAAAACUAUCAUAAUUAAUUCAUAAGCCCCGUAACGCACGAUCAGACUAGUCUCAGUCCUCUCCCAUUCCUGGUCCUCACUUACUCCUUGACUAGAAGAAGAUAAUGGCGUCCAUGGCGUCGGUUCUCCGGCGUAAGCUCAGUAUACAGCCGUUUCUUCUCCAGCUGCGUUUCUUCUCCGCGGAAUCGCCUCCGCAGCAACGGAUAGAGAAGAUUCUGGUAGCCAACAGAGGAGAGAUUGCUUGUAGGAUCAUGAAGACUGCUAAGCGCCUAGGGAUACGAACCGUCGCCGUCUACAGCGACGCUGAUAAGGAUUCGCUUCAUGUGAAAUCCGCUGACGAGGCCGUUCGUUUAGGUCCGCCUCCCGCUCGGUUGAGUUAUUUGAACGGUUCGUCAAUUGUGGAUGCUGCAAUUCGUACUGGUGCGCAGGCUAUCCAUCCAGGUUAUGGAUUCUUAUCAGAAAGCUCAGAGUUCGCUAAACUUUGCGAAGAUAAGGGUGUUACUUUUGUUGGCCCUCCAGCCUCAGCAAUCCAGGAUAUGGGUGAUAAAAGUGCAUCAAAAAGGAUAAUGGGUGCGGCAGGGGUGCCGCUUGUACCGGGAUAUCAUGGUAGCAAUCAGGAUAUUGAAUUUAUGAAGUCGGAAGCAGAUAAAAUUGGAUAUCCUGUUUUAAUCAAGCCGACGCAUGGCGGUGGAGGAAAGGGAAUGAGGAUAGUGGCGACUCCAAAAGAAUUUGGGGACUCAUUCCUUGGCGCACAGCGUGAGGCUGCUGCUUCUUUUGGUAUAAAUACAAUAUUGCUAGAGAAGUAUAUAACCCAGCCGAGACACAUAGAGGUCCAGGUAUUCGGAGAUAAACUAGGCAAUGUACUGCAUUUAUAUGAAAGGGAUUGCAGUGUGCAAAGGAGGCAUCAGAAGAUUAUUGAAGAAGCCCCUGCUCCAAAUAUAACUCAUGACUUCCGCUCCCAUCUGGGUCAGGCUGCUGUAUCUGCAGCUAAGGUAAUAUGAGUUCAUUUUCUUCUGCUAAAUGGUGCCAUAUUCAAUUUGAAUUCACUGUCAGAUUGUUACUGGGUGAUCACUCAGCCGCUCUUGACAUGUGAUGUUAAACUUCAUUCUUUCAUGGAUCUCAUAACAAUAUUCCUUCUUCUUUGAAGUAAGGAUGUAUAUCAACAAUUUGUUACGUUACUGAAGUCCUCUUGACUUCCUUUCUGUGGUCCUUGUCUUAUUGUCUUGCAUUGAAGAAUGUAAAAUCUUUGAUUAUAUUUUUCUAGAUCAUGAUACUCUUCUGCAGAAAUUUGUCAGUUUUUUUUAUGAAUAGAAAUUUGUCCGCUUAUUCGGCAAUGUGGAAAAUUUUGUUGCUUCAGUCUAAUUUAUCUUGAAAACUGUGUCGACUUUUUUUGGGGUGCAUUUCAAGCUUCAUCUAAACACCUUUAGCUCUCAUCUACAAGUUCACUAAUGAAGUCUUCUUACAUGUUAAAAGGCUGUGGGUUACCACAGUGCUGGAACUGUGGAGUUCAUAGUGGAUACUCUCUCUGGGAGGUUCUAUUUUAUGGAGAUGAACACCCGUCUGCAGGUAACAGAACAAUCUAACCUCCCAAUAUCUUAAGCUCUUUCAUGAUAACAAAUUUCUAUAGUUAUUCUGCUGUAGGUUGAGCAUCCUGUGACUGAGAUGAUUGUUGGUCAAGAUCUUGUGGAAUGGCAAAUCCGUGUUGCUAAUGGAGAACCCUUGCCAAUUAGCCAGUCAGAAGUACCAUUAUCUGGUAUUUAUAUCUAAUUUUGUAUUGUACAGCUGGAGGUCUCAUUAAGUUGCACGAACAAUGGAUUGUAUGCAUGUUUGUCAAGCCCAGCUUCUGCCAUCUUCCCUUCUUUCCAUUUAUUUUGGGUUCAAAAGGGGACUUAAAAGGGUGCCCGUGCCUGAUACUUAAAUUAAUCGAGACUGGGCAAUACAUUGGAUGUGCAUGUCUGAAAAGAAGAACUUUUUCUUUUCUUCUAUUUUUUUCCGGCGAAUGUUGUUCCUUUUUAUUAGCUCCAGCUUGAUAAAACAAGCAUCUCUCGAAAAACAGCUGCAAAUUUUGCAGUUACUUUGUUACAACAGCAGAACCAAAGUAUUAGCAGCUAACUACAUAACACUCUAAUUCAUAAAAAAAAAAAAAAAAAAACUACAUAACACUCUAACUACUGCUAACUACAGAACAUUUGUAACUAUAUUGAGACAAAAGCAUGGAAUACUGGAUGGCUACUCAAUUGGUGAGCAAAUUCAGAAUUGCCGUCCCUAUAAAAGCAUGGAAUACUGCUUGAUAAGGUCUUCACUCUUUUCUUCUAUUCAAAAUUAAAAGGUUUGUAAAACAUGAGGCUCAGGUAGAGAAAGGGUUAUUUACCCUCUCUUGAUUGUCUAAAAGGCUCAGUUUAAUGCAGGUUUCCCCUUAUCCAAUGACCGUUGAGUUCGUAGGUUGUUUGAUUUCUUUGUACAAUUAUCAUUUUUCUUUCUUAGUAAUCACUAGCAUUUUAGCCCGGCCAAUGGCCGGGAGGUGUCUGGAUGUCUGCACAUUACUUCAAGAAUAUUGCUUUUUAAUUUUAGAUAAACUAAUUUCUAAAUUGACAUUUUUUUAUUUAAUAUAGAAGAAUUUUAUAAUUUUAUAUAGCAUUGGUGGUAUGGGGUUUUGUCUUUAUGGUACAACUUGAAAUUUUACCUUUAAUGUUAUGUGACAACUUCAUAUUGUACCUAUACUAUUUUAUGGUACAAUAUGAAGUGCAUGAACUUGUACAUUUAUGUGACGAUACAAUUUUAAUUUUUAACGUUAUAGUACAAUCUAAACUUAUACAUUUAACGUUAUAGUAUAAAGUUGUACAUUAAAGUACAAAUUCUUUAUAGCAUAAUAGAAAUGCUCUUUAAUAUAAAGAAUGCAUGUUUGUAAGCGAUGACAUUAAACUCUUAAUCGAAAAAUAUUGUUUAUUUACUAAAUCUAUCGUGAACAUACCUUAAAAAUUCUCAUUCUUUAAAUAUUAUGUCAAUUUAUGAUGGUUAAACUCUUUAAUAUUGACGCAUUCUUUUGGGGGAGUAUUUCUAUAAUUUUAUUUGUUUUAAUGAACUGGUUGUUUAUCA